CAGAAACUCGUAUUGUGUUUUAACCUUCAUAAGUGAAUUAUAUAAAUUAAUGAUCUGACAAGAUAAUGGGAGUUCUGAAAUUUUACCAAUGGAUAUCGGAAAGAUAUCCGUGUCUGUCAGAAGUUGUACGAGAGUUUCAGCUUCCUGAGUUUGACAAUCUAUAUCUGGAUAUGAAUGGCAUCAUUCACGUUUGCUCCCAUCCCGAAGAUAACAACCCUCACUUUCGCAUCACUAAGGAGAAAAUCUUCGCCGCUAUCACGUACUACCUUGAGUUUCUGUUCCGAAUGAUCAAGCCACAGAAGGUGUGUUUCAUCGCGGUGGAUGGUGUCGCUCCAAAGGCCAAGAUGAAUCAUCAGCGGGGAAACAGUUUUAGGAAAGCACGGGAAGCUGAAGAACUAGAGAAGCGUGCACGGGAAAAGGGCGAGGUCCUGCCGACGGAGAAACGCUUUAAUCCCAGCUGUAUAAAACCAGGUACAGAAUUCAUGGUUCAACUACAGGAGCAGCUGAAAUACUUUGUUGUGAAGAAAGUGAGCCAAGACCCGCUGUGGAAGGGUGUACGGGUCUAUCUGUCCGGGCAUGAGACCCCAGGUGAGGGUGAACACAAGAUCAUGGACUUUAUCCGGACGGAGAGGGCCGAUCCCAACUACGACCCCAACACCCGACACUGCCUGUACGGGCUCGAUGCUGAUCUCAUAAUGUUAGGCCUGGCCACGCACGAGCCCCAUUUUUCUCUGCUGAGAGAGGAGGUCCGUUUUGAAGGCAAGUCCAAGCAAAGAUCUUCCAAAAGACCUCAGACACCAGAGGAGACGACCUUUCAACUCCUGCAUCUAUCCCUGUUUCGCGAGUAUCUCGACAUUGAAUUUUCCGACCUCAAGGGACGGUUGAAAGAAUUUGAGUACAACCUUGAGAAUGUGAUAGACGAUUGGGUUCUGAUGGGCUUCCUGGUUGGGAACGAUUUCAUACCCCAUCUUCCCAACCUCCACAUUAACCAAGAUGCCCUACCCCUCCUAUGGAAGACAUACAUCGAGGUUUUACCAGAAUGUGGCGGUUAUAUAAACAACGGAGGCAAAUUGAACCUUGAGAGAUUUGAAAAAUACCUAACAGCUUUGUCAAAGUUUGACUUUGAAACAUUAUCCGAACAAGCUGGAGACAUUAAGCGGUUUCAAGGGAAGAAAGCAGGGGCCAGUGCCGAGCAGUCCGAGGUUUUAUCAGCGGCCAGGAAACUUGGCAAAAACCAGCAAAAGUCUGUGGAACGUCUUCAUGCAGGGAACCAGUUUGCCCUGAAUACUUUGAAUAGGGAGGAAGUGAAGGAUGAGGAGCUGGGAAACGAACUCAUACCAAGGCUCGAUGAUUAUUCAGAAGACCAAGACACUGAAGAUUACUCAGAGGAGGACAUCUUGGAUGAUGAGUUCCGGCGCCACAAACGCCACUAUUACAUGACCAAACUGGAGUAUAAGAACGUCACGCCUGAGGUACUGCGUGACCAGGCUGAAGGCUAUGUGAGGGGAAUACAGUGGAUCCUGCUCUACUACUAUCAAGGGGUCCAAUCUUGGAGCUGGUUUUACCCACACCACUACGCGCCCUACAUGAGCGACGUGAAGGACUUUGUAAACAUGGAUUUGACCUUUGACAUUGGCACACCCUUCAAUCCAUUUGAGCAGCUGAUGGCCGUGUUGCCUGUCGCUAGUAAAGAACUGUUGCCUGUACCUUACCAGAACUUGAUGACUAACGCCACAUCGCCAGUGAUCGAGUUCUAUCCGCUGGACUUUGAGACGGAUCUGAACGGUAAACAAAAGGACUGGGAGGCUGUUGUGCUCAUAACCUUCAUCGAUGAGCGCCGACUGCUGGAGGCAAUACGGUCCGUGUGUGAUCUGCUCACCCCAGAUGAAAAGGCCCGUAACAGUCAUGGGCCACAUCUGCUGUAUGAAUAUGUAGAGGAGCCCGGAGAACCCUAUCCCUCCAUACUGCCCGAAGCGUUCCCUGAUAUAGCUAUCAACCACGCCAGGUUAACCAAGGUGCAUCAAGAUGACCACCAUAUUGACCCUGCCCGGCUCAAGAUGGGCAUACUGCCCGGGGCCAGGCUGGACGUGUUUUUCCCAGGAUUCCCAACACUAAGACAUAUACCACAUAGGGCCGAGUUGAGCAAAGAAGGUGUGAAAGUGUUCCAAGCCAACAGCCGAGGCUUCAACACAAUGUUACAUAUCAAGGCCUCAGAAUCAGUGCCGUCGAUUGACCAGAUUGCCCAGGAAUAUCUGGGUCGUGAGAUUUAUGUCAGCUGGCCGCACCUGUAUGAGGCUAAAGUUGUGGCCGUCUGUGACGACAAAUACAGCUUCAGCCAAGUAAAUGAUGGCGCAAAGGGAAGUAAACCUAAAAUACACAGUGACACCUCCGAUGACAACAUGACUAACAUCUGGUACAAGGAGAAAGACACCAUAGCUGAGAGGUACCAUGAUCGACUGGGUGUGGUGAUUGGACAGACUCACAUAUUGCUACGGGCCCUGCCCAUGACAGGCAGAAAGUACAUUCUUGGUUCCCAUGGACGAACCACCAUGGAGAAACAGUUUGGGGUCCAUCCUGUCGCGUUUGCUCUCCAGGCAACUGUCAAGGACAUAGCAGUACAUGAGCCCGGCUUCUGUCAGUUUACAACUCUGUCAGAGUACAUGCCAGAAAAGGCUGAGGUGUUCAUGUUGGGCUGGCCCCACUACGGCUGUCAGGGGGAGGUGUUGGACACUGACAUGCAAAGCGGACAUGUGAGAAUCAACCUCUCCAUCCUGGAGGAGCCCAGCCUGGCGCAUAUUGUUAACAACAUGAAGGACUUUGACAUCCAGUAUGUCUCUGCCUUUGUGGGGGCUCAGAAACUGGGAAUCAGCAGUAACCUGUUGUCCCGACUUACAGGGACCAUCUUUGUUACUGUGGGCUGCGAGGAGGUUGCCAAGGAACAAAUGAACCCUUACAGGAUAAAUGUUGGUUUGAACCUAAAGUUUACGACGAGACAAGAGGAGGUGCCAGGGUACACAAGGCUGCAGGACGGAAAAUGGGCUUACUCCUUCAAGUGUGUAGACACCCUCAGGGAUUAUAUGAAAAAGUUUCCUGACAUGUUUGACAUCAUCUCUAAAUCUGAUCGGAAACAGAACGAUUUUUACGAGAAUGAAGUGAUUCCAGAGAGCAGUGGCUACAAGCUUAAGAAUGUCCAGGAAUAUGUCAAGGGUCUGGAGUGUACGAAUGUGAAAACCCAGAAGGCAGGAGCUGACAUCAUGGCUGAGGGCGUUAUAAAAGCUCUACUAGAAGAGACGGACAAGACUGUGGAGGUGAAUAAGAAGAGACAAAAGAGAGUGAAAAUGCAGGUUAAGCCACAUCUACUGUACAGGCCGAUAGUAACUAGCGGCUCCCUGAUCCCUGACUCUAGCACCGAGUACCAGCUGUUUGACCGAGUUGUAAAUACGCGUCAGGGUUUUUCUGUGCCGUUUGGUCUCCGCGGCACGAUCGUGGGCAUCUACCCAGCAGAGGUGGAGGUCAACACGGUGUAUGGGGUCAUCUUUGAUGAGGACUUUGCUGGGGGAAUCAGUAUCAGGAACUCAACAAGUAGAGGCUACCGUAUGCCUCCCUCAGCACUGCUCAACCUGACUCACGGGGAGAGGAAAAAUGGGGCGCGGCCGUCCACAGUGGUAAAGAUGCCAGCUGAACAGAUGCAGGGACAGAUUCACCGACAGAACCAGGCCAGCAGUGAUUUGAGGUACACUGAUGCCUGGGGCGGGAAGUCUGGGGUCAACAGAGGCAAUCAGAGUCAAGGUCACCAGAGAAACCAGGGUUACCAUGACAACAGGGCAGGUAACAACAGCGGUCAACGUGGUCACCAGACCAGCAACACAGAAUAUGACCGUCAGAACCGGGGUGGUUACCACCAGCAACAGGGGCAGCAACAGGGGCAGCAGUAUGGACGACAGCUUGAAACCCAUGUUAGCAAGGCCCACCAGGGCGGUGUGUUUAACGGUGGUAACAUCGCCCCCAAGAUUGUUGCUCCCCGUCUCUCCAAGGUUUUGGCAAAGAAUGGGGGUCAUGGUGGAGGUGUACAAGGGGUCAGGCAGACUCAGGCAGCCAAUACACAGAGACAAAACCAGAACAACUCUGCAGCCAACACAGAGUUUGAGGGCAUGUGGAAACAGUCCUCUAUGCCACCAGAGGGCUCAGAAACAGAUAAACAAGGGACAUCACUCUCACAUGCUGCCGCUAUCCUCACCACAGUACCUUCCCCUGUCCCUCAAAACAUGGGAGGUCAAUCUCCUGAACCGGGGACAAAAAUAGACGUACAGUCCCUUUUCUCUCAGGCCAGCAGGAGUGAUAGGCCUGUCAGUGUUUGGGACUUACACCGUGUCACCCGUAAACAGAAACCACAGAAAAACAGGAAGGGUUCUGCAUCACUUGAGAGCUCUUCCAAAUUGGAGGAGGAAAAAAUAGCAAAGGAAGAUAAACCAAGUGUACUUGACUCUUCAAAUAAAGAUUCAAAAUUUUCUGUUUCAACAUCUGAAAAUGUAAGCCAAGAUUUAGCAGGUGGUUCAGCUCAUGGGACAGUUGACUCUUCAAAAGGAGGUCCGAAAAAUCUACCCAAAGAGAAGACAACUCCACCUAUAACAACAGGAAGCUCUUCAAAAAAGCCUAAAAGGAGAUUAGCUACUAACUUUGGCAAUAUGCAAUAAUUGUCGCACAAUUCAGGUAAUUACAUAUAUCAAGACUUAUCAUUUACUUAGUCCGAUCCAGAAGUGCUACUUUUGUCACAAGUAGAAAAUAUUUUAUGAAUACAAAUAAAAAGGAAUUCAGUUCUUGUAUAAAAAAAACUCAUAAUAUGGAGAGAAAAACACCGCCUGUUCACAUAUUCAUCUUUUAUGUUUACGCCUCUUCCAGUUUAACAUACACCCCACCCCAUGAAGGCGAAUAAAGUAAUUUUAUUGGGGAGGUUCAUGUUCGUUUUUUGCUUGCUUCUAACUAAAUAAACUUGUGACUGUCCAAUCUAAAAGUGCCUUCCUCAGGAUGGAAGUUUGCUUAAAAGUAAUAGCCCUAAUUCUAAUCACAUUGAUUUGUUCAUCAAUAAAGUUGUGUUUUUUAAUGCUUUUUGCACAAAUAUUUUGAUAGUUUAUGGGUUUUUUUUUAAAUCUAGAGGAAAAAUCAAGUUAUCCUCAUAACAUUUGUGUCUGUGCCAUUAUCAUGCAAUGUUUUUAACGUUUGUUUUGAACCAAAAAAGCAUGUUAAAAACAUGGCUGACUAUAAGCAUGCCUAAUAUGGCAAUAUUUUUCCAUUUGCCUUGUCCUUUAUAAAGAUGAUGUUUGAAGUUCAUGACGUCAUUCUUUAUUUUAAUGUUGCGCUCCGAUUGGAUAAGCGCGAUAUCAUUUAACCAAUGAUAUACGGCGCUACAAAUAUCAGAUAUUCUUUUAUACACAUGUAUAUUUUCAGUUUCAUUUCUUUUAGAACAAAUAUUCAAUUGUAGAAGAAACGGCUAAUCUUAAAUCAUAGCGAAUAAUAAUUAAAAGUGUAAAGGAGUGUUUAUGCUAUAUGAACGCAGAAGAGCAAGCGAGCAUAUUACCAAGAAGUGCAAGUGUGCUUUCUGAAAUUUGCUCCGGUGCCCUACUGCGUUCAUUCACCAUGAACGCAAGUAAAAAUGCGAUCAGUACUUAAAUGGCCAUGUUUAGCCAGUUGCAUGGCUAAGGCGAAAGUAAGUGUGUUUCUAGCCGUCUUAUUAUUGUUUUGUAGUGUUUCAUGUGUUUAUCUAGUAUUUGUAAAUCAGUUUAUUUGUUUAUUGAUAAGGAAUUCUUAGCAGUAUUGAUGAGAGUAAUAUAUGUUUGGGUGCAAUUAAUGAAUUUUCAUACUAAUUAAUAUCUUAUUUUUGCAUUGAGAAUUUCCAUUGUACAACGCAGUUAGGUUAAAUAAAAUGUUUUGACUGUGUACAAAGUUUCACUUUUAUAGGUUGUUUAAGACACAGCCAUUGAGUUGGCUAGCCUUUUUGAGUAAAUUUUAUGGAUAGUUUUAUGUCCAUUUGACUGUUUUAUAACCUUUAAGAAAUCAUUAAACUGUUGAUUUGA